GUGCACCGUGGGAGCUGUAGUUCCCAGGUCGAGGGGUUUGGCGGCCCUAGACAGAGCUCCGGACUCCUACGGAUGGCGGCUGCGCCACGCAGCUGCCGGCCCUGGGGCUCGCUCCCCGGGCUGCUCGCACUGGUCUCGGCCGCGACCGCCACCUGGGACCUGACUUCGUUGCGCUGCAACUUUGGUUCCUUCUGCGAAUGCGACUUCCGGCCGGACCUGGCGGGCCUGGAGUGUGACCUGGCCCAGCAUCUGGCUGGCCAGCAUCUGGCCAAGGCGCUGGUCUUGAAGUCACUAAAGGCCUUUGUGCAGGACCCAGCCCCAAACAAGCCACUGGUCCUCUCCCUGCACGGCUUGUCCGGCACUGGCAAGUCCUAUGUCAGCUCUCUGCUGGCGAAGUACCUCUUCCGGGGUGGCCUCCGCAGCCCCCACGUGCACCACUUCUCCCCCAUCAUCCAUUUCUCACAUCCCAACCACAUCGAGCGCUACAAGAAGGAUCUUAAGAGCUGGGUCCAAGGGAACCUCACUGCCUGUGGCCGCUCCCUCUUUCUUUUUGAUGAGAUGGACAAGCUGCCUCUGGGGCUGAUGGAGGUCCUGCGGCCUUUCCUGGGUGCCUCCUGGGUCGUGUAUGGGACCAACUAUCGCAAAGCCAUCUUCAUCUUCAUCAGCAACACUGGUGGCGAGCAGAUCAACCAGGUGGCCUUGGAGGCAUGGCACAGCCGCCGGGACCGAGAGGAGAUCGAACUGCAGGAGCUGGAGCCCAUCAUCUCCCGGGCCGUGCUGGACAACCCACACCAUGGCUUCUGGCACUCAGGCAUCAUGGAGGAGCAUCUGCUGGACGCUGUGGUCCCCUUCCUCCCACUGCAGCGACACCAUGUGCGACACUGCGUGCUCAACGAGCUGGCCCACCUGGGGCUGGAGCCCCAAGAUGAGGUGGUCCAAGCUGUGCUGGACAGCACCACCUUCUUCCCUGAGGAGGAACAACUCUUCUCCUCCAAUGGCUGCAAGACCGUGGCCUCCCGGAUUGCUCUCUUCCUCUGACAUUGGGCUGGCAUCCUCGCCACCCCUACCUGGCUAGGGCCACACAGGAAAGGCCUAGGACCUCUGCUGAAGGACCCUUGUCCCAAGCAUGCUGAGAGUGGGACCCAGAAUCCAAAGUCAAGAUGAAGAGGGGCCAAGGACAAAGGGCCAGCAGGGCCCAGCCUCUGAGCAGGUGAGCGGGUACGUGAUCUUGGCUACCUCCUCCAAGGAGACCCUUGGUUACCCCACGACCUCACCAUUUGACCUCGCCCUGCAGCCUGGGUCUGCUUCAUGUGAAUUAUAACUCAGGGACCAGAGUUCAGGGCCGCUCCCUCCAUCCUGGCUCUCUUACCCGAGCCCUUUGCCCCGGUAUCAAACCCUCAACCUACCCCUCACCCUCUGUCCCAGGAUCACAGGCUAUGCAUGGAGGUACACCCAAGCUGCCACCUGGGCCUGGAUUUAGACAUUUUAAAUUUUAUAAGUGAACGAGUGUAAUAAACAGCCACGGGACUGCA